CGAUAGUUCCCUUCGAUAGGUUUUGCGAUCUGAGAAUUGUUUACGCUCAAGCGCCGAAAGAGUCUGACUCGAUAUACUACGCUAAGAUGGCACUUCUCAGCGACUCUCAGCGAUACCUGCUGGGCUUGGCACAGCAUGCACUGACAAUGCCGCGCAUGUGCAUUCAGCACCGUCCAUUCCUCACCACAGGAGCGGUGCUCGUACUCUUGCCCGUAGUGGCGAUCGCUUAUGUCAUCGCUCGCGUCUCCUGCACGGCGCUCUACCACUUUGUCCGCCUCCACGUUUUCCACGCCGAUCCUUUCCAACAUGUACCGCGGCCCAAGAGCAGCUUUACACCUGGCAGGCUGUUCUUGGGAGAUACAUCCGAGAUCCACGGGGCGGUGAUGGGCGUGCCGCAGCGCAGGUGGUUCAAGGAGCUCAAUAGCUCCGUCAUCUGCUACCGUGGAGAGCUGUACGGCCCCCGCCUCUUGGUGGCCGAUCCGCUCGCGAUCUCACACAUUCUCUCCUCUGCGCAAUCGUACGACUUCCCCAAGACGGUGCUCGAUCGAGAGUUUCUUGCUCGCCUGAUCGGACCAGGAAUCAUCGUUGCCGAGGGUGAUGCCCACAAGGCGCAGAAAAAGGUGCUCAGUCCUGCGUUCAGCACGAGCGCCAUCAAGGACCUGGUGCCCAUCUUUUGGAAGCAUGCUCGACGACUGACGGACAAACUGGGCGAGAUGGUCGAUGGCACUGAAGGACGAACUCAGGAAGCCAUGUCCCUGAGCCAGACGGAACUCGCGGCGAAAGCCAGCAUCACGGGCAAGCCAGUCACCGAUAUUACCUGGUGGCUCAGCCGCACCACGCUGGACAUCAUCGGAGAAGCAGGGUUUGAUGAAGACUUUGGCACCAUGGCCAUGAAGGACGGCCAGGCAGGACACGAAAUGGCCGAGAGCUUCAACAGUCUCAUAGGCGCAUCGUCGAAUUUCUCCCCGCUAUCGAUCAUUCUGUUCAUCCUGGGACGCUACAUUUCUGUCUUCGAGUAUGCGAGGCGUCAAAUUAACCCCCAGACGAAGGCAAUGGAAAAGUUACUUGCCAGCAUGAACCGCGUUGCGCUGGACAUCGUCCACCGCAAGCGCGAACAGAUCAUCCGCACAAUGGAGGAAAAUGGCCUGGGCGCGAACGGCAAGCUGCGCAAAAGCGACUGGGAGGAUGUCUCGGCCGGAUCCAAGGUAGACAUUUUGCAUCAGAUGAUGAAGACGAACAUGUCGUCCGAUGUCAAAGACAGCAAUCGCCUUUCCGAUGAUGACAUUCUUGCGCAGAUUUCCAACUUUCUCCUCGCUGGCCACGAAACGACCGCGACCGCCAUGUCUUGGAUAUUGUUUUACCUUGCGGGCAACCUUGAGGUGCAGGACAAGGUCCGCGCUGAAGUGCAAGAGCACAUGUCCGGCCGCAACGAGCUGAGCUACGACGGGAUCAAUGCGCUGCCUUGGGUCGACGCGGUCGUGCGUGAAUCCUUGCGCCUUACCCCACCUGUCUUUUCGUUGCAGAGAGAAGCGAGAGUGGACAAGGUUAUCCCGCUCAGCAAACCUUAUCCUCGGGAGGAUGGCAAGGGAACGUUCGACAAGCUUUUGAUCCCCAAAGGAAUGGAGUUCAUCAUUCCGAUUGAGCUUCUCAACACGAGCGAAGACGUGUGGGGCCCGGAUGCGCUGGCGUUUAGGCCGCAGAGAUGGUUCAACUUGCCGACGGAGGUCAAUAAUGACUUUGACUUUCCCCUGCAUCUCGCGACUUUUAUAGCUGGUCCACGAGGCUGCAUUGGGAGCAGGUUUGCAGUGAUCGAAGCCAAGGUUCUGUUGAUGCAACUUGUGUCCGUGUUCCGAUUUGAGCGUGUUCUAGGGUGGACGAUCGAGCCAAAGCUGUCACUCGUCACGCGUUCCCGCGUCGUCGGGCAAGAAAAAGCCGGCCCGCAAAUGCCACUGCGAAUUUCGCGCGUCUGACUGCCUCCUUUCGCUUUGGUGUAUUUCACACCACGCCGUUUUUGAUGUGUUGACUUGGUAUGAACGAGCACAAGCUUUUAAACCAACGUUUCAAAGAGACAUGAACGAGAGUGAUAUUAUAGGAUCGUAAUCUACAUGACGAGAAACCAAUACACUUGUGUUUGAAA